AUGGAGCAGCACGAUGUGGGUUCUCCCGCACUCUCGGGAGGCGUCGUCUCGUCGCCGUCGCCGGAACCGUACCACUCCUGCUCGCUGCUCCCGCUGCAGCAGCAGCACCAGCAACUGCAGGACGUCUUGGACUGGCCCGCCUCGCCGCGCUUGGGAGCCUUGCAGGCGCCGCCCAGCAGGGCUCUUUCACCGAUGGCCGCCAGCCCGGUCGUGUUUAGCACCGAGGGUGACUUCCUGCAGACCCUGCAGAGCACCGGCUGCGGCGGCAGCACCGCCUGGGAGCACGAGGGCAGCACCACCACCGACAACGGCUCGUCCGACUGCUCCGAAGACUUGGACCCCGUCCCCCUCUUCCCUUUCCACCCUAACCACCACCAAAACAACAACAACGGCUGCACCUUCGAGGACAGCUUGCAGAGCCUAGUGGAGGAGGUCACCGGCGGCGGGGGGGUGUCGAAUUGCUUCGACCUGGCGGAUGCAGCCGCGGAGGCGGCGACCGCAGCUUCUGCGCCUACGGCCGUCGUUCCCCGCGCGAGCGGACCGAAGAAUCUCGUCUUUCCCGCGGCGGCGGCGGCAGCGGCAGCGGCAGCGGCGGCGGCGACGGUGGGCACGGCUGCUGCGGGCAUCGUCCCUCGGGGCGUUCUCGAUAAGGUUUCGCUCGGGAAGCAGCUCCUGGUUUCGCCAGGAUCUUCCUCACCGGUAGCGCCGGCGACGGCGGCAGCGCCGGUAUCUCCUCCAACUAGUCCUCCGCACACGCAGCAGCAGCAAGCGCCGAAGCGGAAGCAGAGACCAGCGGUCGGCAGCGGCAAGUCCAUCAAGAGGGUCGCCGGGAACGUGCCGAAGAAGCAUAAGAAGCAGCCCUUGCAGGAGCAGAAUAAUUCCAGCCCCGUGCAGCUCAAGAUCAAGACCGCGAAGAAGGCGAAGGCGCUCGGAACUGGUACCCCCGAGGCCCCCGCUGCGGAGGCGGCUGAGGGGAGGCCGAGGAAGGCCGCUCGCACGCCGGCGACCUCCGUGGCUAAGAUCCCGCCGAAGAGCGGCGACGUUAGGAAGGCGGCCGGUCGCGGUGAGGGAUCAAGCACAAAGAGGGUCAAGGUGUCCCUGAGCAAGGGUAGCCCAGCACCGGCCUCCCCCGCCGUUGCCGCCGGCAAGGACGGCAAGGACGGCGACCGUUUUCUGGACGACAAGGCCAGGCGCAACCGGGAGAAGAACCGCGACCACAGCCGCAGGUCUCGGGAGCGGAAGAAGGCUCAGCUGGAGGGUCUCAAGCAGGCGUCUAUCGACCUGGGCCCGUACCGCAUGCUCGUGGAGCAAGCGCACGACAUGAUCUCGGUGCACUCCGCCGACGCCGAUGCCUUCUUCGCGCUGGCCUCCGGAGCCUUCUACCGGCAGCUCGGAUUCGAACCCACGAAGAUGCUGGGCACGUCGCUGCUUGACCUGGUGGAACCCAAGGACGUGCAGGCCGUGGUCCAAGCCAUCAUGGACACACUCAGCCGUGGAGGAAUCAAGCAGGCAAGCUUCAUGCACAGUGUUCCCAAACUGGUGCAGUACCGUAUGCGCCCCCCGAGCGACGGCGACGCCGUCGAAGUGGAAACCUCCUUCCGCAUGGCGUCCAGGCGCCUCCUGGCCAUCACGAGGAUCGUGGGCGCCGGCGUCUCUCGCCCCGUGUCUCCGGCCCAGGUACCGGUUCUUGCACCUGCUGCGCCCGGCGGAGGCGGAGGCUCAGGAGCUGGGGUUGGGCUCGAGUAGGCCUCGCGGGAUUUGCUAGAUAUUCCUCGGAGGAGUGUCAGGUUGAAGCACGUCAAUUUUGCCGUGGCUCUUUGGUGUUUUUAAUUUUUUGGCGGUCUUUUUACGAAAUGCGCGUUUGGGUCGGGCCAUAGAAUGAUGGGUUCGUAAAUUGGUCACGAUCAUCCGGCCUCGCUUAGCUUAUUUUAUUUUUACUACGUUGGCCGGAGUGUUCGGUCGCCGCAAACGGAACGUUUCGGUUCGCUUUUCGGCCACAGUGUUGUGUUUUUUGUUUUUUUCGUCUUGUAUAGUACCUGGGUUUGUUGUUCGUGAUGCGGCCGGUUGCCCAAUAGUCACUGCAAUAGCCAAGCAAUGAUUUGUUUGUCAUAGAUGCCCGUGGUCUGUUCGGAUGAUUUGAACUCUGUACACGACCGACCCGGGUUACCCCUCUCCCUCUUGCCAAGAAAUGCGAUGUGAAUUGUACGGGGCCGAAAAGCUCUCCCUCAAGACAGCUCUUGCUGGACGGCCUUGGGAAGAGAGAUGCCCAAGCUGUUCAUUUUUUUUUCGGGCGUUUUUUUCUUGUUUUAUAUCGGCUGCUGUUUUGAUGGAUUUUUCUUCUUUCUUUCUUAUCGCAAUUUUUACUGAGAAGGUAGCACCAUGGAUAUUGCUAGCCGCUAGGUACAUGGGCUGGGUGACUCUCUCUACGCAGGUUUUCCGAGAGAAAGUCGUGUAUGUGUGUGGUGCGAUUCGAUGUGUGGUACGAUUUAUUUGGACUUAGUUGUUGCACAGAUGUAGUGAUGACGAUGUUUUGUGGUGACGGGGUUUCUCCUCCCCGUGGAGGCAUGUUUUUCGAUAUUGCGGUGCUCCGUCACCUCUCUUCUGGGAAGACGAGUACGGCGAAAACCAAGCACCUUGUUUUUUCUUUUCCCCCUUCAUUUCUUUUCCCGCGUGGAAAAUCGUUUAUUUUUGAGGAAGUUUUAUUUUGCUGGCUGCGGUUUUAUGGAGAAGUCGCGGCGAAACCAAAACGCCAACGACUAAAAUACUGUGCAUCUGCACGUUGUUUUUUGUUUCUCUGUUUGAGACAGCGCUUUACCGAGUCGCUGUGUUUGAAAAACUGCUAGAUAGUUAUUCUGGGGUUGGAAGACAGGGCUUUGGGGCAGCAGCAGCAGCAGUAGCAGCAGAGGCCUGACGUAGUUGUUGGUGCGUUUUGAACCUGUAUCAUAUUUUUGCAGCAGGUGCUGAGCAUGGAUUGGCGUUGUGCUCAGGCGUCGUUCGGACGUACGUGUGCGCGCUCGUUCGGUGCUUGUUCGAAGCCAUGCGUACCAUGCGCGGUUGUUUCUGUUAGUUGGACUGUUUGUUACGCCAGUGCAUUGAUUGGACAGAAGCACCAACCGGCGUUAGACGUCUGGGGAGGGGGGGGAGGUCCGUGACGUGUUCGUGGUGCACAGCCAGGCGAGUUUGGUUUCACGUGCAUGGGGAAUUUCUCUUUCUACUUAUGAACAGCUGAAGAACGGAGAACGAGUUUUACCAGGCCACUGCCGAUGAAUUGUGCACCAUCAUCACGGUACGUGUAUAAUACAAAGAGAUCAGGGGGGGAUUGAUUGGUGGAGGUACUUCGUAUAUCAUAUGCCGGCCAUGUACCGGCGGGUUAGUAGCAUAGCAUCGACCAAUUGGGCCGACGUCAUUCGGUGCUGAUUUGUUGCAUGCCUUCUGGGGAUGAUGCGGGCGGCGCACUUCUAGACACCCGGAUGGCAUACAGUAUGGUUUGCGUCUUCCGCUCGGUGUGUGGUAGAGUAGUAGGUGUUGUCCCGAGCCAGCGCCUUCGCCGAGCUCUCCUUUUGGGACCGACGGGUAGAGGAAGGUCAGUCGCGGCGGUGGGACGACUGUUGUUGCCGUGUUGUGUUACGUGAGAUAGGUGUUUUUGUUCGCUACCAUCAGCAGCAUGUCGUGUUUCUUGGACAGCUGGCGGUGUUUUGGUUGUUGUGGUUGUUGUUUGUGACUUUGCCGCGCUCGGGUGUUGCGAGGAUCGAUUUGAGGACGGCGAGUUGAAGCCAAGCCUUAUGUUGCUUGUUCUCGCUCUUGCGUGGGUUUUGUUCUUGACCCCGUUUUUUGUAGUCUAUCGUUGUUGCUUGUUGACAAUUACUGACGAUGAUGACGCAAUCUUGUUGUCUAUUGAGAGAGAAAGAUUGAGAGCUUUCAUGUUAUAUUCGUAACUGUUCGGUUCACUUGAGGUAAGCGGGGAUAGUCUACACACACACACCCGUUGGCGCAUAUGCGCGACGAUUCUUUCAGAAGGUGUCUGUUCGUUGUUUGUGCCUCGCUCUUUCCCCGAAGACUGAAGUGAGUUUCUUGUUCAUCCAACAAUGCACGUGCGUUUGCACCUACAUGUCUUGCGGUGUUGUUUGAUUUCUCAUGGUCGAGCAUCUUGAUUGGGAUGGAUGGUGGCAUUUGUGGCCCUACAUAUACCGCCUUCUUGAUGAUUUUCCUAACUAUAUCGUUCGGGUUGUAUAUUACUAUAUAUUGCUAUUGAUGAAGUUCAGGAAAUAUUCCCCGACUUAUUUAGGUAUCUGCCGGUGGUGGUGUUUUCUCGUGCUACAUAGUAGUAAUAAUGGGUAUGCAACUUCCUUUUUUGAUUACCGUGCGCCCCCUGGUGUGAUUUUUCUAUCGUCCGUAGGUGUGAUGCAUAAUUUGUUUGUAUGGAACCCACGCCUGCACCUUCACAGGGCCGGUGGAGGAAGAGGUUGGCGGCGGAAAGACCUGCCAGGAGAGGAUGAAUGGAUGAAUUUGACAUGCUACGGUAGAUAGUUGUCUUGUAUUGCAGUAAUAUAGUGUAGUAUGCUACGCGCAUCGCAGAAAAGAAGCAUGCCUUUGGUGUUUUGUGGUACUCCCUAGUGUGACACGGCCGCGCCAAGAGGCAACACACGUACCUGGGGGGGGGGGGUAUACUCAUACUCAUAGUCGUGCAUGCCGUAGUCGGUAGACCAUUGCCUCGCACGAUGUAUGUAUGAUGCCUUGAGAAGGGGGGGCGGGGGUGGCGAUCCGUGUAUCUUGCGCACUCGCGUGGAAGUAGAGGAGAAAAGCGCGAGCGUGCAGAAGUAUCGUCGAUGCCGGGGGAUGGCUGGUUGGUAGUUUUUUGUGUAGCCUAGCUCGCUCUAGUCGUUCAUUCACCCUGACGGGUCAUCUCGGUGACUGAUCGGGAGUGAAAUGCGUGUUGAGCGGUGCUUGACAUGAUAUGUCAUGUGUUCUGUGUAUUAUGGCCUCUGUCAAUUUUGUCUGGUUCGGCAAGUAUACACAGGGGACGGAGGGUUGCUGGCGCCUCGCUUUUUGCUUCAGGGUCAGGUACACGUGGUACAAGAGAAUGAUGGGGUGAGGGAGAGGAUGGGUGUUUUUCGUUUGCUUGGGUACGCUUGCCAACGUUCGAGACGUAUGUGCAGUGAGCACUGCCGGGAGAAGGAAUGAAGAUGACUAGUCUACCCACAGAACUCUGAUGCACCCCUGCGGGAUGUGUCCGCUCACGUGGUGGGUAGAUGGAAUGUGCAUGAUGAUGAAUGAAAUUCCGUGCGACAUUCAGUAUUCGUAGACAACAUUGUUUGCCGUCUGGACAGCUUUUUCUACUACAGUAGUACUUCCAUAUCGAACCCGUUGGUUUGUCUUCGGCUGGCUGGAAUGGGAUGUAUGUGUGUCCUAAUAGCUGACUGAACAGUAGGAGGACGACAUUGAUAUGAUCGUACUACAGGACAUGAGAUAUGGCGUGUAGCAAACGUACAAGCAGGUGUAGCUAGGAAAGACACGCGCUUCCUGGCCGCACAACAGGUAGCUGACGGCACGGGAAGCGAAGUGCUGGUUGUUGGCGGUAUUUGCGGGCUUUGAUAUCUUGUGCGUAUUAGAUUGGUCCGC